UGACAGUAUCAAGAAAAACAAAAAGAAAAUAAAAAAUAUAUCAAACUGGAGAAAAUUUUGUCAAGUUUAUUAAAAAAAUUAGAAAUUUAAUUAAAAAAUUGCUUUCGGAAGCAAAACAAACUGGUAUAUUUGCAAAUAAAGUCUUUAUAUAUUGUUUGUAAAAAGCAAAAUAUCAAACAAUGGCCGCUUUAAAGUGAAAAAACUGAAUUUUAUAUUUUGUGAAAAAAGGAAGGCGUAACAAAGCAAAUAUCUAGUCACCAGGAGAGUUAGUCAGAAAGAUAAUUCUCAAGAAAAGCAUACAAAAAUCCAAUAAGAAUUUUCCGAUUAAUUUACUAAAAUCUCCUUACACUCACUUAAGCAAAAUCUUACCCAUGAGCAACUAUAGACAUCACGGAGGUGGUGGUGGGUAUUGUGGUAUAGAAGUACGCGACAUGCAUCCAAGAAUUUCUAAUAAUUUCACUUAUGUUAGCUCAUGUGUCAAAUACAUGAUCUUUAUGUUGAAUUUUAUAUUUUGGCUUUUCGGUGGCCUCUUAUUGGCCAUUGGCCUGUACGCUUUUAUGGAUAAAUGGGAGUCCACCGGUUGGGUACGCUUGGAAAGUUUUUAUGAUGUUAUCCUUAAUAUUUCCUUGGUCAUGAUGAUUGCUGGUGUUGUGAUAUUUGUUGUCAGUUUUGCUGGCUGUUUAGGUGCUUUGCGUGAGAACACUUGUUUACUUAAAUUCUAUUCCAUGUGUCUGUUGCUUUUCUUUCUAAUGGAGAUGGCUAUUGCCAUAAUGGGCUUUGUAUUUCCACAAAAUAUGAAUACCUUUUUGGAGGAUACGUUCACCGAUAAAAUUAUACACUCGUAUCGUGACGAUCCGGAUUUGCAAAAUUUUAUUGAUUUCGCUCAGCAAGAAUUUAAAUGCUGUGGUUUAAGCAAUGUUGGCUAUCAAGAUUGGAGCAAAAAUGAAUAUUUCAACUGUUCUUCACCAUCGGUUGAGAAAUGUGGUGUUCCCUACAGCUGUUGCAUUAAUGCUACCGACAUUAGUUCUGGCCUUGUCAACAUUAUGUGCGGCUAUGGUGUACAAGAACACUCGGUUGCUGCCGCUAGUAAACGUAUCUGGACAAGUGGUUGUAUUGAAGUUGUUCGCGUUUGGGCUGAACGAAAUCUGUAUGUUAUUGCUGGUGUUGCAUUAGGUAUAGCUUUGAUACAAUUAUUUGUUAUUUAUUUGGCCAAAACAUUAGAGGGACAAAUAGAUUUGCAAAAAUCACGUUGGUCUGCGUGAAAUCAAUAGUAGAUGAUGAAGUGAUGUGAUGAUGUUAACCGUAAUAUUUCUUUAAUUAUUUUUUCACUUUACAAAUAUUUACGAUUCGAUAGAUUACAGUAUGCAUUUUAUACUGCCUUGCUCAAUAACAGUUUACGUAAAAAGAGUGCUAAUUAUUAGAGUGCUCAUCAGUUAUUAGGUUAAAAUUUAGUUUAUCUUUAUUUUUAAUUUUUUCCUAAAAGACAACUGAAAUUUUCUUUCUCUUUGUUUCUAGGAAUAUUUUAUUUUUCAAUAAGUUUACAUACUUUAGUUUAAUGUCUAUAAAAUUUUUCAAGAUCUUCCCUCAUUUUUAUUUCUUUAUUAGUGGAAACCAUAAACAAUAACGUGCAAACAAAAUUUUAUUACAAAUUGCCAAAGAAAAGUGCAUUUUUCUCUAAUUCUACAAUAAAAAACUACACAAAUUUUAUUUUCUAUUAUUCUUUUGAGAAAAAUUAUAUAUUUUGUUUAUUUUAUAAGCGCAAUAGUAAUAUAAGUAAUAGAAAUUUUUUAAAUGGAAUGAUUUAACAUAGCAAAAGUACAUUUUUUCAAAUCAACAAAAAGAAUUUUUAAGCGCUAUAAUAACAAAAUAAUUUUUUAUGGAAUAAUUAAAAUCUCAAUCUAAAAAUUGCCAUUUUUUGUAAAACUAUAAAACUCUGCAAAUUUUAUUGCCUCAGUUUAUUUUGAUAACUCUUAAAGUUUUUUACUCACUUGAAAAUAAACUUUUGUUUGACAAAAGUAUUGGCCAAUUUUCCAUGUUAUAAACCCUCAAAUAAAAUUAAUUAAAUAUUCAGUAAAAUGUUAAUUUUUUAACAAUUAGCUUAAAAAAACUUUAAGAGUUAUUAUAACAACAGAAAAAAAUCCAACUCAAAAUAUAAUCUCAUAAAUACUCAAAUAUAUUCAUAUAUCUGCAUCUUAAAGUAAAAUAAUAAUAAAAAAUACAUUUUAAAAAGUGUUUCAUAAAAGAAUUUUAAUUCCAAAUAAUGUAUGAAACUCAAUAUGAUGACUACCAAACGAAACAUUUCAUGUAAACACUGUUGUUCUUGAACUUUUUUGAAAUCCGAUUUAAUGUAUCCAAAGUAAUUGUUUGUCUUUUCAUCAUUCUAUAUCUCUAAAACAUUUAAAUAACCAGGCAUUCCAUUUUACAAAAAAUCAAAUCAUUUUAAUAUUACUUCUUGUUCAGCAGUGUUUAUAUUUAAAGUUAAUUUAAUUUUGUAAUUGUCAUUAUCUCGUGUAUUUUUAAAAUUAGUGAUUAGUAUUGGAUAAAAAUAUAUAUGUAUUGAAAUAGUAUAUUUAAAAAUAUAAGAAUCUAUAAAAGAGAAUUUUAGGUAUAAACGUUUAUUAUAUGUAGUUUAUAUGUAAUUCAAAUAAAAAUUAAUUAAACAUUCA